GGAUGGAAAUAUUCUGAAAAUUUUAAAAAAUGGAUGGAAAUGCAUGAAUUUCCAAUCAAAACAGAGUAUUCCAGUAAGCAAUCCAGCACGAAAACAAGUACCAUGUGCCGCUGGCUUAAUUUACUACAGUAUGCACCAGCUCAGACUAGUUCAGCUAAAAAGAACAAGACAAAGGCCUGUAUUCUGAAUCCUCUUUUAUCUAUAAAAGUGCCUCUAAAAGAGGCUUAGGAGCCAUCUAAUUGACUGAGAGGCUACAUUUAAGGCACUUUUAUCGAUAAAAGAGGAUUCAGAAUAUGGACCUAUUUGUACGAUUCAGCUUUGUCGUACGCGCGUGCGCAACUUGUGUUGUAUCUUGUCGUGUGUCAACGUCACUUUUACGCUUCCGUUUCUUUUUUUAUGUGUAAAUUUUGGGAGCUCCGGUAAUUAUGAAUUAAUGAGGCUGUAGUAGCUGGUAGUUGCAAUAAUGGCUGAGUACCAAGGAUCUGGUUCCUACUGCGGGACAACAGGAGUUGGCAGUGAUUCUGAAGUCAUGGCAGAAUUGGCGGCUCUCUUACGUCAUGAGAUUCCAGAGGGAAGGAAUAAUCUGGCUGAUAGUCACACAAACUUGGAAAGAGUAGCAGAAUACUGCGAAGCAAACUAUUUUCAGGCUGAGAACAAAAGAAUUGCUCUGGAAGAAACAAAAAAUUAUACCACUCAGUCCUUAGCCAGUGUUGCAUAUCAGAUAAAUACUUUGGCUUAUAAUUUUCUCCAAUUGCUGGAUUUGCAAACAUCUCAGCUUGCUGAAAUGGAGAGUCAGAUGAAUCACAUCGCUCAGACCGUUAUGAUACACAAGGAAAAGGUUGCAAGGAGAGAGAUUGGUGUGUUGACUGCUAACAAAGUAGCAACUCGCCAGUACAAGAUUAUCGCACCUGCAAAUCCAGAGAAGCCAAUCAAAUAUGUCAGGAAGAGCAUUGAUUAUACAAUUUUAGAUGAUAUUGGCCAUGGAGUACGUAGCUGUGGCACCCCACGCAGCAAGCAGCGUGGAGGUAGUCAAGGCAGUGUUCAGAGUUUAGGUGCUACUUCCACAGGCUCAGGAUUAGGUGCUGCUAUGGUAGGACCUGCUCCUACCACCAAACCACCCACACCGCCUCAAACAGUGAGAACUGGAACGUUGAGUAAAGGAUCGCGCGAAUAUAGGACUCCACCAGCGGUAGCCCCACCCCAAGUUCCUAGUCAUUACGCGCCCAAUUAUCCGCUCGGCCACCCCCGGCGAGAUCGCGGCCCGGGAUACAGCACACUACCGUUGCAUGCUCACAACACGUCCCACACGGCUCAUAACGCUAAUCAUAAUGCGCAUACCGGUACCAUCGGUCAACACGGCACUAUGCCGCAAGUGGGGACGGUGCAUCCUCUGCAGAGUCACCCGCAGACGCCGCCGCCGGCACCGCCUAGCGUCACAGCUGGAUACGUGCAAGAGCAACAUAAUAGUAUGCCACCACCUCCUUCACCCUUAGUUGGACUAAGCGGCGAUAUGACGGAGUAUAGCGGACAUCAUACUCUACCACAUAGAUUAUCGCAUCAAAUCAGCCGUAGUAGUGGCGCGAGUAGUCCUCCUUUGCCGCCACCACCUCCUCCUGAACAGGAGGAGCAUCCACAAUUUGGCAGACCGACUCCGUCCUCUGGUGCUAUAAUGCCGAUUGUGCCAGAUGAGGAGGAUUUACCCGGUUGGGUUCCAAAGAAUUACAUUGAAAAAGUGGUGGCUAUUUACGACUACUACGCGGAUAAGGAAGACGAGUUAAGUUUCCAAGAAAGUUCUGUGAUCUAUGUGCUAAAGAAAAAUGACGACGGAUGGUGGGAAGGAGUGAUGGACGGAAUAACUGGAUUAUUUCCGGGAAAUUACGUCGAACCAUGCGUAUAACUGCUCGCAAUAACUGGAUAUAUCAAAAUAACGAUAGGAUAAUCGGAAGACUGCAAUUUUUCAGCGCGUUUGCCGUACAUAUACAUAUAUACAUGCAUUUCAUCACAUUAAUCACUAAUAUCUCAAUUAUAACCAACAGUUAUUCCUUAUUUUAUGUUUCCUUUGGGGAGAAAAAGUAUUAGAAUGUCCACAUUUAUGAGAAAAUGACCAUUUGAGGCUUAUUAAGUACGCUCAUUAAAGACACGAAUCUUAUUUUAUAGAUUUAUAAUUUAUUGAUAAUUAUAAAAGAAAGAAUUUAUACAUUAAAUAAGUAUUAAUGCUAUAUAUAGCAGUAUAUGAGCUUUAUAACGCUCUGAAUAUUUACGUUAUCAGCAAUUGUUCGCAUGCAAUACAGGACUCAAAACAUCACAGACUUCUUUCAUAAAUUAUUACAGAUUCUAUGUCAUCCAUAGCUUAUCCUGCUCUCUAUGACGAUUGUCACCGCGCCUAUAAUCGUGCGAAAUGCCGGGAUGUCGGAAAUUAUACCGAUUGUACGACGUUAUAGUAUGAAGAGAAAAAGCAUAGCAUUCGGUUAUAUAUUAUAGCAACAAAAAGUUUCAAACAUUAAGCGAGUUUCAAAUCAAACUGGAAAAAUUAAAUUUUUAUAUUAAUGCGUGUAAGAAAAUGUAUUUUUAUGCAUUUUAGUGUUAGAUAUUGACUCGCACAUAAGUUGCGAAACUCCAUAUAUAUGUAUUUGUACGCGUACAUAUAUAUCUAUGUAUAUGUUGCAAUAGACGUCUUUUAUCUCUCA